UCGAGAACCGAUUACAAACAGCUGUGUAUAUUUUAUUUUGUUUGCAUUUGAAUAAAAUUAAAAAUAUGUAUCUAAAAUGACGCUCCAAUGCCGAAUCUGCGGGGGCGUCAUCUACAACACCAAGGCCAAGAAUCUAUUCCAGAAUGAGAACUCUACGCUGUUGCUGAACAUCGAAUUGGUGUCCGGGAUAUUGCUGGUGAAUGAUCCAGAGCUGCCCAGUUGCAUCUGUGCUUGUUGUUUGCACGACUUGACUCAGGCAAUCGUGUUCCGAAAUCUCUGUAUCCAGACGCAGGAGAACUUGCGGCAGAAUCGCAGCAGGACUCCUUCGGAGCUGGCGACGGACUAUGAUGAGGACACAGAAAUUAAGCAAGAGAUUGAAAUGGACAAUGAGCUGGCGGCCAUGUCAUCUGGUGAUCUUGACUAUUCCUAUGCAAAUAUGGACGAGCUGUUCGACACAGGUGACGACCCACCGAACCAUAGUAGUGACGAGGAGGAGGACACUGCUCAUGAUGCAGACUCUCUGAUUACGAGUCUGAAGAAAGAGCUGGGUAGCAUUUAUGACAGCAGUGAUGACGAAGUCGAGCACGAUGAGCUCGCGGAGUUCUCCGAAAAUAACAACUCAAGCGGCAGAUCCUCUCAAGCUGACAAUGUGUCAUUGUCACCUGUGUUGGUUACCCAAACCAAGAAAAGAGGCCGACCCAAGAAAAUACCAACUGCAACAUCGCCAGCUAGCAAAGCCAAGAAACAAUACACGACUUGGAAAAAUUUAACAGAGGAGGAGAUAGUCGAAAGGAAGCGGCAACAGCGGCGUCGGGAUUGUGUCUGUGAGCAGUGCGGUAGGCACUUUACCGAUCAGAGCAACUUCAAAUUGCACAUGAUCAGGCAUACGGGCAUCAAGAAUUUUGAAUGUCAGGAUUGUGGGAAAAAGUACUACACAGAUCAUUUGCUGUCGCUCCACCAAAGGAUUGUUCACAGAGGCGAAAAACCCUAUGCCUGUAAAUACUGCGACAAAACUUUUCACAACAGUACAACCCGCGUAAUACACGAACGAAUUCACACAAAUGCACGACCGUAUGCCUGUAACCAUUGCAGUAAAAGUUUCAGCUCGGCAUCCGGGCGCAAGCGGCAUGAAUUAAUACACACUGGCGUGAGGGCAUUUUACUGCGCCACCUGCGAUCAAACUUUCCAGCGCAACACACACUUAAAAGCUCAUCUUCAGUCAAAGUUACAUGUCAUGAGAGCAAAACAUAAGGAUUUUCUUCCACCGGAGAUAAAUUAAACGAUUAAAACCAU